UGAGGCCGUUAGAGCCACAAUUGGCUGCUCCCCGACACUGUGUAUCCUCAGCAUCCUUUAUAAAGCAAACUGACUGCGUGCUUAUCUCUCAUUCCUGCGAGGAGCUUGCAGGCUGUAGCCACAGCAGCGACGUGGGCAGCUCAGCGCUUGGCAAAGUUGCGCUCAGAAUCUGCAGACCUGCGGACACCGAGAAACGCUGCAUACUGGGAUAGCGCUACUGAAGACAACUGAGGAGCCCGUCUGUCUGGUUUGUCCCGGAGAAAGUGAAGUAACAACUAACGACCACUUUGAUUUGCUCUCAGCAAGGCUCUGCGUGUGUCAUUUGGGAUUUGCCUGUCAGUGUUAGUUACCUUUGCUAUAUAAACUAGUGUGCCCAACUCUCAACUCUGCGACCUCAAAGAUAUAUGUCUGUGCACGAUCUGUUGGACUGCCUGUGAGUAGACAGAGUGCCCACUGUUUCUACCUGUCAAGGUAUCUUAUUUUCUACGUGACCCGCCGAAGUGUAUCUGUGCCAGGCAUCAGCUAACGUGCCAGUGUGGAUCAUCCAGGAGGGUCUCCCCGGACUGCUUUUUAGACAUAUGUAAAUCUGCUGAACAAGACUCAGCGGGGCGUGUCUUUGUGCCAGCUGCCCGGGACCCGUGGAGCGCCCGUCCAUAUCUGUGCUUGGAACAUGACGCGCUACAUGCUUCUGUCCUUGCCAUACGUGUCCAAGCCCUUUUCCAAACGAGAGGGUACCAACGGGAGCGACCUAUUCUCGACCAUGUACGGACUCCCCAACAGCUCUUCGUUUUUUAAUUUUAACUUCACUUUGGUAGAGGAGCUCUACAACAACGAGACCAAGUUCGAAGCGGAGUCUCAGAACGCCACAGUUAAGGCUCUGCUCAUCUUUGCCUAUUCCGUAAUCAUAGUGAUCUCCUUAUUCGGUAACAUUCUGGUGUGUCAUGUGGUGAUAAAGAGCAAGAGAAUGCAUUCGGCUACAAGCCUCUUCAUCGUCAACUUGGCUAUCGCUGACAUCAUGAUCACUCUUCUCAACACCCCCUUUACGCUGGUCAGAUUUGUGAACAGUACCUGGGUGUUUGGGAAGCUUAUGUGUCACAUCAGCAGGUUUGCCCAGUACUGCUCAGUGCACGUCUCUGUCUUAACGCUCACAGCUAUUUCCCUGGAUCGCCAUCAGGUGAUAAUGCACCCCCUCAAGCCAAGGAUGUCUACGGUGAAAGGUGUUAUCUGCAUUGUGAUUAUCUGGGUGAUGGCCACCUGCUUCUCAUUGCCCCAUGCCAUCUAUCAGAAGCUCUUCCGUUUUGAAUAUGGAAACAAAAAAGUCCGCAUGGUCUGCCUGCACAGCUUCCCUGAACCAGCAGAGCUCUUCUGGAAGUACUUGGACUUGGCCACUUUCGUGCUGCUCUAUGUUCUGCCUUUGCUUGUCAUCUCCGUGGCAUACGUGGUUGUGGCAAAGAAGCUAUGGCUGAGGAAUGCCAUUGGUGAUGUGACGAUGGAGCAGUACUAUGCCCAUCGCCGGAAGAAGAAGAUGACUCUCAAGAUGCUUAUGCUGGUAGUUGUGGUGUUUGCCGUGUGCUGGUUCCCGCUAAACUGCUAUGUUGUCCUGGUAUCCAGUAAAGCCAUCAUCACCAAUAAUGGACUUUACUUUGCUUUCCACUGGUUUGCCAUGAGCAGCACUUGCUAUAAUCCCUUCAUCUACUGCUGGCUCAAUGAGAGCUUCCGCUCCGAGCUCAAGUCCCUGUUGUGUGUGUGCAGGCGGCAGAGGAUGAGGAACUUGCACACCCUGCCUGCUGUCUCACCACCCUCCCGAAAUGCCUGGACUGAGAGUGGCAACUACAAAAAGGGCAAACUUGCCCACAAUUUACAGUAUGCUUCUUCCAGUGCCAACUCAGGCAAAACAGACAUUUCCAUUGUUGAGCCCAUUGUAACUGUAAGCUAAGCUGCUGUCGAGGUCCAGAGAGAAAAAAAUAAGAGCAAACAGUGGCACAUCUGAGGUGGCAUGAUCACUUGUGGAGGAUAGAAGUGUUAGAAGUUUGCAAGGUUCUCAAGAGCAGCAGAUUUAUAUGGAGCAACCUGAGUCAUCUGCUUCGUGUCUACAGCUUAAAUGUGAUGGUGAAGUGAGUAAUGGCACAGUCAAGUGCAGCCAUAGCCAACCCCAUGUGAAGGGCAAUAGAGAAGUGAUGGCACCACAUUAUCACCUACAUCAGUACAAACAGUUAUGAUCAUCUGCGAUACCAAGACCAGAAAUGACACCCUGGCCUAGAUGGUUAAUUAGAUAAAGUCGCACAAAAUCUAGUGCUCACCCAAAUCACUCAUCUUUUGAGUUGUUUCCAGCUGUUAAUAUCCUAAAGUGCAUAAAACUUGCUGAGGUGUGUUUUUGACCAUGGGAUCUAAGUUGAUGGACACUAAGUUUCUAAUUAUUGGACCCAUUUAGAUAUGCAAUGUCAUUCUGCUAGAAAGUGGACUUGUGACACCCAGGUCUACAUAGACAUGAUUUGCAAACCUCGAGACUGAUCCCUAAUGCAGAGGAGAAAUCACUGGUGACCCUCAGGGCUAGGCUUAGCCACUCCUGGGCCAAUGAGACCAGGUCUGACCUUGUGACCUAUGGGCCAAUGAAGACUGGGUUUGCCUUUUAAACAUUCAAAGCUGAGAUCAGGUCCCCAACUUUCCCAAUCCUCGUGACAUUCGAAACUGGGCUUAUUAUUCAUAUUCCUGGUGAGAUGGGGUUUGUGACACUUCAGUUUACAGAGACAGGGCUUGUGGCCUUUCAUUCCUUGAUCUACUGUACUCCCCUGGCCAGUAUUGACUGGUCUUGUAAUCCCUGUGCCAAUUUAAACAUGCUUUGUGACGUCCAUGAGAACAGAGUAAGGGUUUGCGAACCUUGCAUUUCCAGAAACAGAGGCUGUUAAUUGUCAGAAGGAUAGCAUGGUGAGCCUUGUGCCCAUAAACCACUAGCCCACACACCUCAGCACAUGCAGAUUAAACUUCUGGCACUUGGGCCACCUGAGAUCCAGUCUAUGCUGCCUAGACCUUGGGAUGCAUGCUUUGUGACAUUUGAGAUUUAAGAAAUCGAGUUUGUGAUCCUUAGAUCCUAGAACAACUGAGCUUUUGACUUCAGUUUUUUUUUCAGACAUGAGUUAUAACCCUUCAAGAACUGGAGACAUGAGCUGUUAAACAUUUGUCCCACCAGACCAGUGUACAGUGGGUCUUUGACCUUUGGGCUAACUAAUCAUCCAUAUGUGGCUCCAAUUUCUGUGGAGACAAGGUUAUGGUCUAUAGGUCC